UGGAGGUCUCUUGCCUAUUGAAGAGAGAAAAGAUUGCGUGCGUGUUACAGUAGAAUAUAAUUUCAAUGGUGUUCCAUUUCAAUUUUCACGGAAAAUCUAAAGGAAGUCAAUUAUUUGGAGAUUAUUUUUCCAUAUCGGUAUUCCAGCCAUGAGCUCUGGAGAGGGAAUAGAUGAGGCUGCUAAAGAUGCGGCCGACAUAGCGGCGUUUUUCAAGUCCGAUUCUCUCCCUCUUUCAAAAUGUGAGCCCAACUGGACGGACCCAGUCAACAAGCAGGGUUUCAUCGAAAUGAGGAGAUGAAGGCCAUAGACGUUCUGCCCAUCCUUAAAGAAAAGGUUGCCUUCAUAUCAGGUGGCCGAGAUAGACGUGGGGGUCCCAUCCUUACCUUCCCAGCCAGGAGUAACCAUGACAGAAUACGAACAGAGGACCUCCGCAGACUCAUAGCCUACCUCGCUGGUAUCCCCAGUGAGGAGGUGAGCAGACAUGGCUUCACGGUCAUCGUUGACAUGCGAGGCUCUAAGUGGGACAGCAUCAAGCCUCUGCUGAAGAUCCUGCAGGAGUCCUUCCCUUCCUGCAUCCACGUCGCCCUCAUCAUCAAACCAGACAACUUCUGGCAGAAACAGAGGACCAAUUUCGGGAGCUCCAAGUUUGAAUUUGAGACGGUCAUGGUGUCUCUCGAGGGCCUGACCAAGGUGGUGGACCAGUCCCAGCUGACGUCAGACUUCGAGGGCAGCCUGGAGUACGACCACGACGAGUGGAUCGAUGUGCGCGUGGCCUUUGAGGACUUUGCCGGCGAUGCCGCCCGGGCUUUGGCGCGGCUGGAGGAGCUGCAGGAGACCCUGGCACAGCGUGACCUUCCGCGUGACCUGGAGUGUGCACGGCGCCUCAUGGAGGAACAUGCCUCGCUCAAGAAGAGGGCCACCAAGGCCUCGGUGGAGGAGUUGGACACACAGGGACGCAGGCUGCUCCAGAGGCUUCAGCAGGGUAGUGUCACCCCUGGAGGCUACACUAACCACGGCGGCGGGGGAACGGAUGCUAACGAUGGGCUCACAGGCCAUCCAGAUGCCCACAACCUGGUGCCAAAAGUGAGUGCACUGCUGGACAAGUUGCAUGGCACACGCCAGCACCUGCAGCAGCUGUGGCACAUGCGCAAGCUGAAACUGGACCAGUGCUUCCAGCUGCGGCUGUUUGAGCAGGAUGCAGAGAAGAUGUUUGACUGGAUCAUGCACAACAAGGGCCUGUUCCUGACCAGCUACACAGAGAUAGGAGGGAACCACCAGCAUGCCGGGGAGCUGCAGACCCAGCACAACCACUUUGCCAUGAACUGUAUGAAUGUCUAUGUAAAUAUCAACCGCAUCAUGUCUGUCUGUUUCCUCUCUCAGAUCCAGCAGAUCUCAGAAUAA